UGUAGUUGCUGUUCGCGAUUACAAAAUUUUAUAUUUUACUUAUUUAUUUCUCUGAUGACGACCUACCUCAAUUAUUUCCAAUAACAAUUUACGUCCCUGAAAAAAAAUGGCUCAACGAGAGCGGCGGUCAAAUGCCGGCAAUCGCAUGGCAAAGUUACUAGAUGAAGAAGAGGAGGAUGACUUCUAUAAAACCACUUACGGUGGUUUCAACGAAGUCGAGGAAGAUAAUGACUAUAAGCAAGAAAAGGAGGUAGAAGAUGUUGUAGAUUCUGACUUCGACAUUGAUGAAAAUGACGAAGUGAUCUCAGACCAGGAGGACGGAGAGGGCAAAGAGAAAAGAAAAUCCAAUGCUAAAGCCUAUAAGGAUCCCAACAGAAAAAAGAAGGCUGCCCAACCAAAAAAACCUGUAGUCAGAAAACCAAAGGAACCUAAAGUCAAAGAUGAAUCUGCACCGUCACCAGCCAGCAAAGCGGAUAAGACAUUUAUAGAUGCUUCUAUAGAGAGAAAGUCAAUACGUCAGAGCACAGCAGUUAAGUCAGCGGAAACAUUGCAGAGAAUUAAAAUAAGAUCUGAACUACAAAAGAAGAAACCGAAGAAGGUGGAGGAGAGGAUCCUGACGCAGGAGGAGUUGUUGGAAGAGGCUAUGAUCACUGAGAAAGAAAACUUAAAGAGCUUAGAGAAAUUCGAACAGAGCGAAUUGGAAAGAAAGAAAGCGCGGCCAACGAAGAAGACUAUCACUGGUCCUGUCAUAAGAUACCAUUCUUUUGCUGUACCAAUAUCAGAGACAAAUGAAGAUACUACAUUACCGUCCGCCGAAGUGCCUUUAACAGACAUGUCACUUGGCGAUAUCAUAAAAGGUGAAGAUGAUUUAUUAUCUCCCGGGGAUUUGAACUACGAGAACAUAAACCCGACGCCGCUAACGGAACCCAAACCGGACGGAGAACCGGCGUCGGUCACCUUGGAACCGGAGAAACCGGAGAUGGAAGUUGUAGGACCCGAUGAGGAGAUUCUGGUUGAAGAUAUUAUAAAAGAUGAGAAGAAGAAACCUAAGGCCAAUAUUCAAUAUCUUGAAAGAACACUCCUGUCUUUUGAAAACGACAUCAAAAACAAGGCAUUCAAAUCCUGCUUCCCGAUUUCCAAACCUAAACGAAAGAGGGAAAUGCUGUGUGCAGUUACCAAACGGCCAGCUCGCUACAUCGACCCAGUGACAAAGUUGCCUUACCGCAGCGUCGACGCAUUCAGAAUCAUCCGCGAAGCGUAUUACCAACAGUUGGAAGCGCGGGGGGAUAGGAAGGAUCCCCGCGUAGCCGCAUGGUUGGCCGCACGACGACGCAACGCGGCCGCACAUUCGUCCUACGUGCAGAUACAUAUCAAGUAGAGAGAGAGAGAGAAAGGAAAGAUAGAGAUAGUCUGUAAGAGAGAUGUAGCAGGAGAGUUAAUGUUAGAACAUUAGUGAUGAUUAACGCUUAUCCCGAUAUAGAGAAAAAUUGUCCAACGUCCCUGUUUUGUUUUUUACAGUAUAGGGGGUAAAAAUAAGCAGAUUGUUCAUCAACGGAUAGUAAACUGAUGAGUGAUUAUUCUACAUGCCUGGCAUGUGCUAAAAUGAUCAUGCAUGUCUUUGAUAAAAUGGCUAACAGUGAUUUUUGUCUUUGUCACAUUUUUUUAAAUUAUGGAAUUCUAAAUUAUUGCUUAAUGAAUAGACUAUAGUGUCACUGUAGCUAAAAUAUGAAGUGUAAAAAUAUGAAGUGUAGCUAAAAUAAAUUAAACCCUAAAUUAUUUUAUGGAAAAAGUGCUAACUGUGUAUGAUCAUAACGACUUGAUUUUAAAUUUUAAUUGUGACACCAAUUGAUUGAUAGUAAUUAAUUUUAAGCUAGUAAGAGCCAGUGUAAAUAUAACCAUGUAAAUAAAG